CCAGCACCGCCGGCAGCCCGUGUGCCUGACUCCCGCACGGUGGCCUCUGUGGUGUGUGUGCCCUGUGUGCCAGCAGGAAGCCACUGGCUUGGGUAUGCUGGGGAAAGCACAGUGCAGGGGCGGUCGUGGGGCAUUCCCAGCCCCAGGGCUACACACCCGCGCAGCUCCAGGCACGGGGCUGCGGCUCCAGCCGUCCUGCCCGGCGCAGGCACCAGUGUCUGUAUGGCACCGAGCUGGGCUCUGCUCUGGCUCAGACAGCCUGGCAUGUGUGGCUGGAAAGGUGGGGAGCACAGUCUGAGGUCUGCUCCCCAGAGGUGCAUGGCUCCUGGGGUACACCAGCUGCCUGCAUCCCUGCCCUCUCCCUGCCUGCAGGUGAUCCUGGCAGCGCUGUGGCUGGCAGCGAGUGAAUCGCAGCCCCCAGGGUGCCAGGACUGUGCCAUGCCCGAGGGGCAGUGGGACCCGGUGCGGCGGCCCACCCGCCUGCGGAGGCACGCCACUAGUCCCCAGUGCCCCACCGGCAUGAACUGGAUCCAUGGGGCUCACCGGUGCUGCACUCAGUGUCCCGCAGGGAUGUUCCUGCUCAGCCCCUGCUCGAGCCAUGGCAAUGACAGUGUCUGUGCUGCCUGUCCCGUCGGCACCUUCCGCACCCAGCCCAACACCUCCCCCAAAUGCCAGGCUUGCUAUGAGUGCGACCGCCAAGCUUUCCAGAGCGUGCUGAGCAACUGCUCGGCCACCAGCAACGUUGCCUGCGGCUGCGAGCCCGGCCGCUUCCGUCGCUGCCUUGACGAGCACUGCAGCGACUUCUCCUGCCAGCAGUGCCAGCCCUGCACCGGGCGGCUCAUCCAGCGGCCCUGCUCAGAGGCACAGGACACUCUCUGUGGGAGCUGCAAGCCUGACUUCUACGCCGAGGGCAGCGAGUGCCGGCCGUGCCGCACGAGUGCCCCAGAGACUUGUGGCAAGGAGUGCCAGCAGGUGUGCGGCAGCGGCGGCCAAGGCUCGGGUCUGGAGUACAUCCUGCUGGCGCUCACCGGGCCCCUCUUCCUGGGAGCCCUUGCCAUCUACCACAGGAGGAAGUGGCUCCGGCACGGUGCCCCGGCAGGCAGCCCCUUCCCCCCGGCACAGGUGGCCAUCCCCACGGCUGGGGCUGUGGCCAUGCCGUGGUGCCAGGUCACUGCCCAGAGGUGGGACAGUGUGUGCCAGACCCAGCCGUGCUCCUCCCAGGUGACAGGCCAUGCCACCAGCACGGCAAGAUGGAAGCCCGAGCACGAGGCCUUACUGCAGGAGCAGCCCAGUGGCACGGCACAGCUGGGUGGCGAGCCCUCCGCCGCUCCGGAGCCCCGCGGCACCCUGCUGCAGGGCAGCCAGCUCUAUGCUGUCAUCGAUGCGGUGCCGGUGCGGCGCUGGAAGGAGUUCAUGCGGGUGCUGGAGCUGCGGGAGGCGGAGAUCGAGCUGGUGGAGCUGGAGGUGGCCCACAUCCGCGACCAGCAGUACGAGAUGCUGAAGCGCUGGUGCCAGCAGACCAGCGCCACGCUCGACCGCGUCUUCGCUGCCCUGGAACGCAUGGAGCUGGCUGGAUGCGCUGAGGCGCUGCGCCGGAGCCUGCCGGCAGGCCCCUGAUCCCCCCCGGCACCACCACCCAUGCCUCAGCGGAGCUGUACCCCUAAGUAUUGUUACUUAUGCGGUGUAGACAUUUUAUGUCAGUUUUAUGUCCCCUUCCUGCCCACCUGCCCCCCCCUAUUUAUGUCCCCCUGCUCCCAGGGCCGGGGGGGACCUCCCGCCCCAGCAUGCCAGCUGCCCGGCCGCUCGCGGGACGAGCGGGCACCGAGCCCGCCACGAACCCAUGGGAUAGUUCUCGAGGCCGCCUGCUGCCGGGCGCGCCUGUCCUUGCCCCAAUAAAGU